CUAGGUAGCAAGCAUGCAUCAGAGCGAAAAGUUCAGCAGGCUGAGCAGAGCAAAUGGGAAGGGAACAGGCUUCAAGAACCUCAGAGGGGGAACAAACAGCAUAUCCAGACUUUAGAAGAAUAUUCAACUUCCAGCAAGCAGUCUAUAAGCAGUGGCAAAAAAGAAGCAGGGUUCUGCGGGACACAGUACUGUGGGGACAAAAGGGCUUCAACCACAUGUGGUACCAACAGAAUAAAAGGGGUAGAAGGGAAGUUGAUAUCUCAUCUGAGACCACAACUGAGACUGCUAUGGCUUCACCACUUGUUCCUCAGUAUGAUCCAGAAAUUAUCAUUGUGGGAUCCGGUGUGCUUGGCUCUGCUUUGGCAGCAGUACUGGCAAGGGAUGGAAGAAAAGUGACAGUCAUUGAGAGGGAUCUGAAGAAACCUAACAGGAUACUUGGAGAACUGUUGCAACCGGGGGGCUAUAAUGCCCUGAAAGACCUGGGCCUGGAAGAGGCGGUAGAAGGGAUUGAUGCCCACACAAUAAAUGGCUAUGUAGUUCGUGACCUAGAAACCAAAUCAGAGGUUGAAAUGCCUUACUCAGCCAUAACAAAUGGCCAAAUACAAAGUGGAAGAGCAUUCCAUCAUGGGCGUUUCAUCAUGGGUCUCCGAAGGACAGCCAUGGCAGAACCCAAUACAAAAUUCAUUGAAGGAACAGUGAUGCAACUGCUUGAAGAAGAUGAAUGUGUCGUUGGAAUAUUGUACAAAGAUAAAGAAACUGGUGACACAAAGGAGCUGCGUGCACCCCUUACAGUUGUUGCUGAUGGUCUCUUUUCCAAGUUUAGAAAAAAUCUCAUCUCGGACAAAGUUAGAGUUCUAUCUCAUUUUGUGGGGUGUAUUCUGAAAAAUUCACCUCAGUUUAAAGCCAACCAUGCUGAACUUGUUCUGGGAAAUCAUAGUCCAGUAGUUGUCUACCAAAUUUCUUCCAAUGAAACCAGAGUCUUUGUUGAUGUUCGAGGUGAACUGCCAAAGAACCUUAAAGAAUAUAUGGUUGAAAAGAUUUAUCCACAGCUACCAGAGCACUUACAGGAGCCUUUCCUAAUAGCUGUCCAGAACGAUCGUUUGAGGGCCAUGCCGGCAAGCUUCCUGCCUCCUUCUCCUGUUAACAAAGCAGGAGUCCUCCUUUUGGGUGAUGCUUACAACAUGAGGCACCCUCUAACAGGUGGAGGAAUGACUGUUGUUCUGAAUGACAUCAAGAUAUGGAGGCACCUGCUACAGGCCAUUCCAGGUCUUUAUGAGGAUUCUGCUCUUCUGCAGGCAAAAAAGUCAUUUUACUGGACAAGAAGGAAGUCCCAUUCCUUUGUCGUGAAUGUUGCUGCUCAGGUUCUUUAUGAAAUAUUUGCUGCAACAGACGAUUCUCUGUAUCGGUUAAGGCAAGCCUGUCUCCUUUACUUCAAGCUUGGUGGCAAGUGUGCAUCUGGUCCAGUUGGAUUACUGUCUGUCUUAUCACCUAAGCCUGCCGUCCUGAUUGGCCACUUCUUUGCCAUUGCAUUCUAUGCCAUGUAUUUCUGCUUCAAGUCAGAGUCCUGGAUCACCAAGCCGCGGGCAAUUUUCAGCAGUGUUGCCGUGAUGUACCGGGCUUGCUCUGUCAUAUUUCCACUCAUAUACUCUGAAAUAAAGUACCUCAUCUAUUGAAGUCAGAGAGACAAAGCUGCAGGAAGAGGAAUACUCUAGACUCCCCGUUUCCUCCCUCCCCUUCUACUCUUGUGCAUAUGGGAUGGUUCUAUUCCUAAAAAUCACCUAUUUUUAAUAAAGGAGCAGGCUUUGUUCUAUGAUUUUCAGUUGUAUCUUUUCCUACAUAUAGAGAGCCUGCUUGAUGCACAUUGUUGAUGUGAGAUCUCCCUGCAUUGGGGACCCCAAGUUUGUGAGCACAUACAUAAUAAUUUCAUGAAAUAAGGAGGUGACAUUUAAGUGAAGAUCAUCCUAAUCCAUGGACAGAGAGAGGGAAUUCGUAUAGCUGCUCUCCAGAAGCGAGGGAGUGCAAAUAACAAUCCCUGACCUGGUGCUUGUUGAGCUCCCCUAUCCCUCUGGCUCCUAGGCCCACAGCAAAAUGUUUCACAAAACUCUGUAGUGCACGAAACCUUGUCAGUGCAGGAGAGGAGAUAUCCAGGCAUCACUGGCUUUGUUCUCAUUGAGGAGGUAACCCUGUGUCUUGGCUGUACCAUUUAAGACUGGAGAUGGGAACUGAUGUGACUGAAGGCUUUUCCAUACAACAGAUAAACCAACCCUCCCUGCACAUAGAAACCUAGCAUAUCAGGAUGAAGGUUAAGCUAGAAGCUAGUUUAUGUUCACAGAUUCAUGUUGUUUUUAAAUAUGGAGAAACAUUGAAUCGAAUAGCCCACCCACAGGUUUACCUCAGUGAGAAUUGGUUUAUUGUUGGGUUUUGAUUCCUACAGUAAAUGCGGGCUAGCUAUGUAAUGCCAGCUCAGGCAUACCUGCAGAUUCUACUGCUAGUUUUUAAGGGUUUCUUGUGCCAAAAUUACACUAUUUGGAAUGAUUUUGUUUUUAGUUAUACAGCAAUGAAUAUAAGUGUGGGUGUGGGUGUGCAUAUAAACUAUGUAUGAUUUCUGUAUACAAAUGAAGUUUCUCAAAGAGCUAGAUGUUUACAGGGACCACUAUUAACUGUUCAGAAUGAUGAUAGCUAAAAUGCUUAUUUUGACAAAGGAUACUGUGUUAAAUGUCAAUAAAAAGCUAAUGAAACAAAGAAAGGGCAGUUGAAUUUGUUAACAAAAAAAGCUACUGUUAUCUGUCCCUUUGACAUUUUCUAUCUCUAUGUGAAGUUUGCCUCUACUAUAAGAUAAAAUCUAAACGUGUUCUAUUCAUUAA